AUGUUGAGAUUAAAACUGAACUCUACCAGCGAAGAUUCCUCGUCGAUUCCUUUGACAAGCGAAUACCCAUUAGCUGUGAGAAGUUUUGAAGAAGUGAUCUUUGAAAUUAUCAUAGGUUGUGUUUUGUGUCUGCUUGGCGUAACAGGGAACGGCUUAGUUUGUUAUGUCAUACACCGGAGCCGCUACACAAAAUCUUCGAUGUAUUUCUUUAUGGCACAGCUUGCUGUAGCAGACAUCCUUGUCUCAUCGAUCUCAAUACCUCUGACUUUGGUCUCUACGUAUCCAAGACCGCUUCUUCUGCUUCAAGGCGAUAUUCCCUGCAAAAUGGUUCGUUUCCUGCAGUACCUUCUUCCGCCUGCAUCUGUAAACAUCCUAACUGCCACUGCAGUCGAUAGAUUCCUCCUUAUUUGUUACCCGCUGAAGUUUUUGUAUCGAACGAAAGUCAAAUUCCUCGCAAUUUUCUGCUGGGUGUCCGCAGUAAUUACUGCAAUGCCAGUGCUGUAUCUGGUAAAUUCUCGUCCCGUUACGCUGAACAAUGAGGUUUACAAGUUCUGUGCCAUAAAGGAAACAUCCUCAUUUCCCAAACUUGGUUCAACUUAUUUAACAGUUCGAGGAAUUUUGGCAUUUCUUUUUCCUCUUUUGAUAAUCGUACUACUUUAUUACAACAUUUUAAAAACAGUAUGGAGGAAAAACACCAUCAAGAGCCGAAAGCGACGAAAUGUGAUCAAGAGUUUGGGUUUGGUUGUUUGCGCGUUCUUUGUGAGUUGGGCUCCAUUUUCAGUCAUAUCAAAAUAUUCGAUCCUCGUAGAAAAGCGAUACGACACAAUUUCCAGAGCUGAAUUAAUAACAUUUUGGAUUGGUCUGUCAGCAUCUGCGUACAACCCUGUUAUCUAUGCAUUUUACAACAAAAAUUUUCGAGACGCUUUUCGCGACGUUUUUCUUCGUAGAAAAGAGAGGAGAAAAACUCCAGUUACCUUUAACCCUAAUGUGAAAGCUAUGAAAGAAGUUGUGGAAGGUACUAUUCCUGACUUGAAAUCUGGUGCACCUAUAUUGCUUAAACACGUAAGGGUUGCUUAA